GAGGCUUCCAGUACUGCCCUGAUCAGCCAGUUGUCUCUGGGACUCUUGCAAUGGGACCCUGGACGUCGCUGCUACUGGUGUCCGCCUGGGCUCUGCUCCUCUGUCCCGGCGCGCUGGGCUGCGGACCGGGGAGAGGUUACGGCAGCAGGCGGAGACACAACCGAAAGCUGACGCCGCUCUCCUACAAGCAGUUCAUCCCCAACGUGGCGGAGAAAACCCUGGGAGCUAGCGGCAAGUCGGAGAGCAAAAUCAAUAGGAACGCGUCCCGCUUCAAGGACCUGAUCCCGAAUUACAACCCCGACAUCAUCUUCAAAGACGAGGAGAAAUCCGGCGCCGACAGACUCAUGACACAGCGUUGCAAAGAUAAGCUGAACGCCCUCGCGAUCUCAGUGAUGAACCAGUGGCCUGGCGUGAGGCUGAGAGUGACCGAAGGUUGGGAUGAAGAUGGUCACCAUUCUGUGCAAUCCCUGCACUAUGAGGGCCGGGCAGUGGAUAUCACCACCUCGGACAGAGAUCGCUCCAAGUAUGGGAUGCUGGCACGCCUGGCAGUCGAGGCAGGCUUUGACUGGGUCUAUUACGAAUCGAAGGCUCACAUUCAUUGCUCAGUCAAAUCAGAUCAUUCCAUGGCGGCCAAAACUGGCGGCUGUUUCCCUGGGAAUGCCAGUGUCCUGUUGGAAGAUGGACGGAGGAAGAAGGUAUCUGAACUGCAGCCCGGAGACCGGGUGCAAACCGUGGAUCAAGAAGGCCAAAUUAUUUUCAGCACCUUCAUGACCUUCCUGGACCAUGAGCCCGAAGCGGUGAAGAUAUUUCACGUGCUUGAGACCCAGGAUCCGCCUCGGAGACUCCUAUUGACCGCCGCCCACCUGGUCUUUGUGGCGGACAAUUUCACCUCGGACCUGGGCCGCUUUAGACCCACCUUUGCCAGUGAGGUGAGGGUCGGGCAGUAUGUGUACACAGCGGACGACACGGCGCAGCGGCCCGCGCGGGUGACGGGGAUCUCGUUGCAGGCCGACGUGGGAGCCUACGCCCCCUUGACCCAGCAUGGCACGCUGGUGGUGAACGGCAUGCUGGCCUCCUGCUUCGCCGCCAUCGAGGGUCACGGCCUGGCACAGCUGGCCUUUGCCCCGCUCCGUCUCUGCUACAGACUGGCGUCGAUCUUUGGCCAAAGCAGUCCCGCUGUCUACCAGGAGGGCAUGCACUGGUACUCCCAGCUCUUACACCGGCUGGGCAGGCUCCUCCUCAGCCCAAAGGACUUCCACCCCUGGGGCGUGGCGCAAGGCUGAGGCGAAGGGGCGUGGGCUGAGGCUUUACCGAAAGAGCCCCACACCCACCCCCGCCCCCCAUUUCCUACCCCCAUCCGCGUAGGGGUAAGAUCAGGCAAAUCGCACUGCUUUGCAGUUGGGGCAUGCCCUGUCUCUACAGACCCUAGGAUUCAAAGGCUGAACAACAAUGGAUCUGAGACCUCCCUUCUCUGCAGCGUUGGAGGAAGAGCUCCCGGUUGUGGUUUCUGGAGCUAGAAUUGGCUUCGGCAGGGUUGAAGAAAGAAAGUCUCACCUUGAUUGUUCUCACCUUUCACUGACUUACCCUGGGCCCUGCUUGAGUCAAAGCAAUCCGUAUUUAAGUUUUGCCUUCUACAGAGCGUUCUACAGAGCUGCAGCUAACUGGACAAGGAUGUUCAGAUGCAACCUCAGACGCAGAUUUGAAGUAAUGCAUUUUGCCCUCAUCUAUCAUUUUGGAAUUUCUUUUAUGCCCCAUAUUGAAUGGGAACGGCUAUGUAAACAUGUCACGCUCCAACUGCAGCCAAUGGCAAACCUGCAGACAGUUUUGCUAAUGUGUGGACCUGCGAAUUUAAUAAUGAGAAAUAAUUGACAGCGCAUCUACACAGAUGUACGAUGACUAAUACAAUAGAUGUAUAUAUCCUAAAAUAUCUCCUAGUCCAGGGAGAGACACUUACAGGGUUAUCAUCUCCAUACAGAGGCCAGACAAGGGUUCACAAGUCGAGUCCUAAGUUUGCUUUGCUGCUGAUUCAUGUUUGUUAAAAUCUUCCUAACCAUUGUCUUUACAAGACUGAAGAUAAAUGUCGAGGAUUGAAAUAAUAAUCAAAUUAUUGGUGCCUGGUUUACAUCUUACAACUUUCAGAAGAGUCCCAGCAAAAUCAAUAAUGGGGAUUAAAGGUAAUUAAAAGUUGCCAUCUCUGUUCCUGGAGGUUUCAAAUGUGACUUUUCACCUUCAACAUCCCUCCCAAGUUGUACACCUUUCCCCUCUUUGCCUUUCCAAUAAAGGACAUUGUUUUAGGUUGUUCUCUCUUCAGUCGAUCUUUGGAAGGACUUGCCCUAUUCAUAACCUCUUCCUGUGUGGGGCAGAUCGGUCUGUUAAGGUCCCCGUCCCCUUUCCUGCUGAAUGUUACCCCUCACGAUAGAAAGGACGGAGAUUAAUCUUUUCAACUCUAAUCUCACUACAAACCCAGAUUAAGGAUUGGAAAGGGAGUUUGGAGUUUGACACUUCAAUUGACCAUCUGAGCAUGGUAAAUGUUAGUUAAAGCCACAAGUAGAGGCGCCAAUAAACCCAGCUCCACUCACUAUCUAGACUGCCCAUACUUUACUCUCUACCUUCCAAAAUGUGCCCACCAAGCUCAUUGUCAACCACCGCAUUGCAAAAGCUUUUGACUUGAGACUCUUGGGAUAUCAGGAAGAUGGGAUGGGAAGUCUUGUUUCCAUAACAGCUCCUAAGCUGUUUAGACACAGCUUAGAAACCCUUCCUAAACUGUCCUUGGGUGUAUUGGGAAACUCAAGGUCCCAUGGGAACUCAUACAUCCAAUUCACUAGGUUGGCAUUAUCCUUAUUGAAGAACAACAUCAAAUUUGGAAUGUUAUAUAAAAAAGCAGUUUGCUGAUUACACAGGAAUGUUGAGGUUGAAUUUCUCUGAUCUCUCCAGCUCUGCUCUGGUACUGACUCAUGCAAGAUUGUCCUACCACGGAUUUCCUUAACCACCUCAGUUUGUUCAGAGGUUUACUUUGGAUGGCAGAAAGACCUUCUAAUUUUGCCAGCUGCUUUCAGAGAGGCUCUUUAUUUGUCUUCAAAAAUAUUUAAGUACUGUUCCAAUUCUUCCACCUGCAAACAUCAGACUUAUAAACGGUCAGUAAAGUUGGAUUUUUCUUUACACUGGCCCUGAUUCAUUACAACAAUUCAACGCCAUACACAUUUCAUUAGGGUGGGUCUUCUUCUGUCUUCUGACACCUGGAGCUUUAGCUAAACCAUCACUCUGAGUUUGCCAGUUGAACCCACACAUAAUCUUGGUCAGCUGGUACCCGUCCAAGGAACUGCUGCACUGUUGAAGGUACCACCUUGUGAGGUACUGUUGCCUCAUUGAGUGAAUGUGAAAGAGCUUGUUGGCACUGCUCUACUGAAAGGGAAUAGGGAGAUCCAAUCCAAUGGUCAACUCCCUUCCCUCAACCAACAACACCAAAGACAAAUUAUGGGUCCUUGCUGGUUGCAAAUUCACCACUGUGUUGUAUAAGCAUGGUGAUGCACCCGUAAUAAAUACAUUGGCUACAAAAUGCUUUAGUAUCCUGACAAGUCGCUACGUAAAUGCAAAUAGUUUUCCUACAGAAAUUCCCGCUGCUAUAUUUUAGGCCAAACUUUUCCAGUUUGUGUGGGAUCUUGUGGCACAGUGAACAGGACAAGUAAGGAAUUGUUGGCGGAUUGAUGAUGGUGGCUUGAUGUCACAAAGAGAAGUGUCAAUCAAAUACGGCUGCCAAAGAUGGUAAAGUGAAGCCUUGGGAGAUGAGGAGACAUCAGAAGGGGAGAGGAGGUUGUGACUGCGAGGAUGGUGGAGACAUCCUGUGGAAGGAAUGUCACUAUCCAGGAAAUUUAAGUAGUCUGAAUUGGAGAAGGAGGAAAUGUUGCCCCCUUUCUCUUUCUCUCUGCAACAUCAAUACAAUGCUCUCCCUUGGGACAGGUCCAUUCUGAGCCAGCUCCAGGUAGUGGAAUAAAGCCACCCAAAGAAGGGGAAGAGUUCCCACCCACUACACCCAGUGCCAUGGAAACCCCCUGACCCUUGACUCCUUAUCACCUCCAUCAGCACAAUUAACACAUUGGCAACACAUGAGGCUGAACACAAGACAAAGUGCGACUGAGUGCAGGACUGAAGGUGAGAUCAAAUGCAGGACUGUGUUUGUAACUGGCCAUGUGACUAAAUGCAGGAUUCAACUUAGGACUGAAUAUUUAACUGACCACGUGAUGAAAUGCCAAACUGCAUGGUUAACUGAACAUGAGACUCAGCAUGUUAGAAAACAUGCAUGUGACCAAUCACGUGACUGGGCACAGGGUGAGGCACAUGAUUAAACACGACCAAGUGUGUACGUGUACACCUGACUCUUCAUGUACAACAUGUAAAUGAACAUGUGACAAAACACACAACUGAAUGCAUGUAUGAACUCUGAGCAUCAGACUGUGUUACUCAUCACAUGAGCUAAUACUCGACUGAACACGGGACACACAAGUGCACGCCUCAAAACUUGUUAGAAAAUCUUACACGCACGCGCACGCACACACACACACACUUGGUUGGGUUUAAAGUCUCUAUUUACAGAUAUACCCCACUCAAUGCUCAAUUCUCCCAAAAAGUUAGUUGAUUUUAUUUGAUUUUGGAAAGAAUAUAUAUGUAUAUUUCCCUCAAUUGCAAUGGUUAAGUUUAAUGUGUAAAUUUACACCCUGGGCCAUGUGUGUUACUUAUGAGAUUUAUUUUUAUACUUGUGAAUUGUAAUAUAGAAUUGUAAAAGUUGGCUGUCAAUAUGAAUUUUAUUAUAUUAUAUAUAAAACUGCUAUCAGUCUGUAAAGUUUUAAUUUAAAAGAUUUUCAAGAACAGAGAUAUUUUUAUCUUGACUUCCAAUGUUAUUCUGGAAUCUCCUGUGACUAAUCUUGCAAUGUACUUUGUCUUCUUCUAUUUAAUGAAUAAAAUUAAUACCUGAUCAAUGAAUAGCUCUGUCAAGUGCACUGAGUUUAAAGCGCUGGCAAGUAGAACGGAGGGGAAGUGGGGCCAAACAGAUUACCUUUGAACGGUGUCCCUAUCGUAACAUUUAACUGCCCAAUUUUGCAUCUGUCAUGAUCCAUUUAGGUUUCACACAUCUCCACAGUCAUUCCAUGAUUAGCAUACCAUUUUGUUUCUCUUGCUCCAUCUCCUCCUCCCUCACCCCUGUUACCUUCCCUUCCGCCUCACCCUAUUUCCCAUCUCCAUCUCCUCUUCUCCCCUUCUCCUUCCAGCCUAU